AUGCUGGAAUCAGUGGACUCGAUACUUGACCCCAAUGUAAAUGAUUACAUCGAGGAAUAUAUAGAGGAGUUACUCGGUGACCGUGACGAAGACGAUCGGGUGCCUUUGGACGUAACGUAUGGAAUGGAGGUUGAUGCAAUUAACGUUAUAGUUAAUACUUUUGAAGGUCUCAUUGCGAUUUCGGAAACGAUUGCGGACUGGUCUUUGGAGUUAACCGACUGUUUGAAAAUUCUAAAUGAACAAGAAGGGGAGGAUAUCUUUUCAAAGAAAGCUAGUGGCGAGGAUUAUAUUGUAGAAGCUCUUGGUCAAAUAUUGGUGAAGGAGUUUCGGCCGGAACCGCUGAAUGCGUUAUUUGAGAAUCCUUUUGAGUGGCGCCCGCCAGAUUUUUAUUGGGAUUUACUUAAGAAUGAGAUAAUUGUAGAUGCAAUUAAAAGCAUAUACCAGAAGCACCCUAGUUGUGAGUUUAUUAAUGCUUUCUUACAGGAUUAUUCGGAGAAUCCUAACUUGAAAUCGAAGCUUUCGGAUAUUACGGCGCACUAUUACAUCUUUGUGAAGGCGUUCAAGACUUUGGUUGAAGAUUAUCUGAAAGACGGUAGUUUGGAGGCAGAAACAAAACGGUCUUCGAGCGACUUGGCAGGAAUGGGUUUGUGGGCCGGUGACUGGGCCAACGACCUUACGAACAAGAUUAUUAAGUUGGUCUGUCAUGCGGAGAAUAGUUAUAUAUACGGCCAAGCCCUGCUGCAUUUCAUUCCCUAUCACGACCCCCAUUUCUUGAGCUGCAAACGACUGAGUCAGCUGUGCUACCGGUACCUGAUCCAGGAACGCGGCGAAAGCACUUGUGCAAAUAUUAUGCUUCUCUGCACACCCUUGUACAGCUACCCUCAGCUUACCAAGUACCUCUCCCUCCUCACGCAACCACUCAGCCACAGACAUACCCAGCCCACUCACGAUCGCCACUACGACGAGAGCAGCACCACUCCACAAAUGCGGUACCGGCCCCCUGUCGACCCGCAGGUCAAAUUGGACCCAGCGGUGCUCAAGCAGUUCACUCGCACCCUCAACCGCAUACUGCGCCGCUUCCGGAGACACAAGACGCUUCUGCUCUUCCACGACACCCAGCCCUGUCGCGAAGCAGUCAGCAAUCCAGCGACAGACCUCCUGGGGGAUGAAGAAGGGGCGAUUCAAGAGGAGCCAGACCUCUGGGAGCAAGACCUCCUGCCAGCUUACGAAGAACCGGCUCUCGAGGCAGCGGCCUACGAGGGAGCGGCUUACGAGGGAUCGGCUUACACGGGAGUGGCUUACGAGGGAGCGGCAUACGUGGCUUACGAAGGAGGACCCAAUGCGGAUCUGGCUGGUGAUCGGACGGAUGGGGGCCAGAUGGCUGGGGAGGACCCUUCUGCGAUGCCGCCCACGUUGCCGAUGGCGUAUGGCGGGGGUGACUUGGAGAAGAACGUGGUGGAGGACGUGGAGUGGGCGGUGGAGGCGGAGGUGCGGCAUAAGCAGCCUUUGAGCGUGUUUUGGAAUCUGCCUUCAGCUUCUCAGGCGGGGGACGAGGAGUUGAUAGAGGAGGAUUUGCAGGACGAGAAGGACCGGCGUGGACAGACGAAGUUGAACUUGCCACCGAUGGAGUCGAUUCGCGAGACGAUGCUGUUGAACUAUUUGUGGAAAGAGUUGAUUUCAGGUGGGAAGAGCGGAAUGGACGGCGGCUUAUCGUGUGUGAGUACGAAAGAUCGUGGCCGGCGAUUGUCCGCCCAAUUUUGUGGCGGAGAAGCACAUACUCUCAUCGAGUUGAUACUGCUGCUUACGGUUUAUUGUGAGUACGAGCUGGUCGUCAUGCAUCUCCAGA